AUGGUAGAACUGGAAGAGAUACCGUCCCUGUCCCACCUCUUUGAUCGUGACUCCCUUCUUAGGCCUCCAAAUCGUUGCCAUGUGAUCCUUCAUAACGUUGAAGCCCCACAAGGCACCAGUCAGAGCCUUCGCAGCUGCUUUCUCCUUCCUCCACGUCAAUUACCAAGCCCUCAUCCUCCUCGAUCUUCAGUCAAUCUGUUCUCAUAUAUCUUUUUCCUUUUGUUUUUAGAUGGAUUAAAUGAAAUUAAAGGACUAAGAGUAGAUAUCUCUUCUGUGGAAACCAAUAUCAUAUAUGUUGAAAUUGAAGAGGGCUCACGAACUACAGCAGCGAAGCUAUGCAAGGACUUGGAAGACUAUGGUAUCCUUCUUAUGCCAAUGGACUCAUCAAGAUUGAGAAUUGUCUUCCACCACCAAAUAUCGGCAACUGACGUGCAGUACGCCUUGUCGUGCUUUCAGCAAGCUGUCAAUGGAGUACGAAAUGAAAAUGGCAACUAGUGGACGAAAUUGAAAUUUGCAACCUGCUGGGCUGCCGCAUAUAUAAUUAAUUAUCAAAUUCCAUUCGAUCAUGUGAAUAAACAGGAACCUUUAAUUUGUAAAAAGGUUUGAACAUGGCAUAUAUGUAUGAAUAUGAUGUCAACGUGUAAUCCAAAAAUUUCUGAGCAUGAGUCUGCUGUGGUAGAACAGUGAACAGUGAAGCCUUUACGGAA